AUGGGUUUCAGAGUCAUACUUUUGGCUGCCACCGGCCUUGGAGCAAUGUACAUGAUGCACCUUCUUGCCCAGGAUUGGGUAAAGAUCCGACCGAUCCGGGGAAUAACCCAACUAGCCGGAAUGGCGGUCCAACCCAUUCAACAGGUGAUUGCACCCAUCCAGCAGGCAAGUGGAGCAUUGAAUUUGUUUCGGAGCCGAAGAGAAACGAAUUUGAACCAUGAACUUGGUUGGGUGCGGAGGAAACAGGAUGCGGGAGGAGGGAAGGGAAGGGGAGGAGCUGCAUCGGGUUUGGUCCAGAGAUCACCUCCCGCUAUCGACUGGAAGCGGAUCCUCUCCAGAGAUCCCUUCGAGUGCCUGCAAUCCCUGAUUUGCCAACUGAUGUCCGGAGCGGAAGCCAAAGUUCCCGAGGCUGAACUCCUCAUGGACUACCUGGAAUCAUCGGUGGAAAUGGCUCCCGUGAAGAUUGGUAGGGCCUUUAGCCGGGGAUUGGCAUUGAGGGGUUCCACGGAGCUCUGCUUCAACGAGUAUCCCUUCUGCCUUUACUCCGCCAAAACGAUGUUGCGAAUCCUGCGAUGGUUCAGCGAAACGGGGGAGGUGCCCGUGGAGGAAGUACCUUAA